GCUCAGUCCUCUUGCGCGCGCCCGGCUGCUGGCGCUCGCGGCCAUGGCGACGUCAGCUGCAGGCGCUGUGGUGAUCCUUGGCAGUGGACUUAUUGGACGAAGCUGGGCUAUGCUGUUUGCCAGUGGAGGCUUCGAGGUGAAACUGUAUGAUAUUGAGCAACAGCAGAUAACAAACGCCCUGGAAAACAUCAAAAAGGAGAUGAAGUUGCUGGAGCAGUCGGGUUCCCUGAAAGGUGCCCUGAAUAUGGAACAGCAGCUGUCGCUCAUCAGUGGCUGCUCCCACCUUGGGAAAGCAGUAGAGGGAGCCAUACACAUUCAGGAAUGUGUUCCAGAAAAUCUAGAACUGAAGAAGAAGAUCUUUGCUCAGCUAGAUCGCAUUGUGGAUGACACAGUCAUCUUAAGCAGUUCAAGCUCUUGCCUCUUGCCUUCCAAACUCUUUGCCGGUUUGACACAUGUGAAACAGUGCAUUGUGGCUCAUCCAGUGAACCCACCAUAUUAUGUCCCACUGGUAGAGCUGAUCCCUCACCCUGAGACAGCCCCAGCCACGAUGGACAAAACCCACGCCCUGAUGAAGAAGAUCGGACAGUCCCCCGUGCGACUCCUGAGGGAGAUCGAUGGCUUUGCCCUAAACCGCCUGCAGUACGCAAUCAUCAGCGAGGCCUGGAGGCUGGUGGAGGGAGGAAUCCUGUCUCCCAAUGAUCUGGACCUCGUCAUGUCUGAUGGAUUAGGCAUGCGAUAUGCGUUCAUUGGACCCCUGGAAACCAUGCACCUCAAUGCAGAAGGUAUGGUGAACUACUGUGACAGGUACAGUGAAGGGAUGAAACGCGUCCUGAAGACUUUUGGGCCCAUUCCAGAGUUUUCUGGGGCAACAGUUGAGAAAGUUAACCAGGCUAUGUGCAGAAAGGUCCCGGAUGACCCAGGGCACUUAGCAGCCAGAAGGCAAUGGAGGGAUGACUGCCUCAUGAGACUUGCCAAACUAAAGAGCCAGGUGCAGCCCCAGUAAAUGUUUUGUCACACUACUGUCACUCCAACAUUGAAGUCCUAUUUGGGAAAGUUGAAGAUACUUGAUUCAUGUCUCUUAGCAGAGAGCAACCCAAGGAUGCAUGGCCUGAAGAUUCAGAGCCUUCCUUCCCUUUGUGCAACUGCUGAAAUUGGCAGAGGCUGGGUCCCCUCGCCAUCUCGGGCACUACCCUGGGGUCACAGUAGCACUUGGGUUUGAUUUCUUGCCACCUGGGCAAAUAAUCUAAAGAUUUUAAUCUUUUUUGUGUGAUUACACAUGGCUACAUUUUAUAGUCAGUGAUUGUAACUUCCUGUUAUUGUAAUCGGUAGCAAAAAUAUUUUUGUAAUCAAUUUUCUGAUCUCUUUCUGAUUACGCUAGCUCUGCAUUUAUGAGGCAGUUAUCUUAAUUUUAAAAUCCUUACUCUGAAUAAAAGUUCUUAGUUCCAUAAAGACA